UGUGUCCCCCACGUCCGUCCUCCUCUGGCCGCCCGUCCUCCUCUGGCCGGCCGCCGUGCUGAAGGAUGGUGGUUGUGCUGGGCUCUGCGGUGAGUGGCUCUUUGUCACCCGCCCCCCACAGCCUUGGAGGCUUCAGGAGCUGCAUUUGACCCUCAGGCACGCAACUAGGGAGUCUUCUGAUAAAACAUUAAGAUGAGUAACCGUCGAAAACGAGCUGCUCCAUUGCGGGUGAAUGAUGAGAAAAAGAAACAGCUCUGCUGGAAUAUGCAUGAUGACCGGAAAAAUGAGGUGACAGAUUUAGAUGCAGGUGAUGAAGACCACCCUGUUGCAGGUACAAGCUCAUCUUCUACAUCCCUGAUUCUCAUAAAUGAUGAUAGCAUGGAUGAAGACUUGACUCCUAAAAAAAAAAAAGUUUUAUCCUUGAGCUUUUCAACAGUUAUAGAUGAAGCUGAAGAGUCUUCCCAUCUCUUGACUUCUUUAUCCAUACAGCUAAGUAUUGUAAUAUCCCCGUAUUAUCCUGAUCCUUCUUGGAAAGUUUUGCUUGGAGAGUUUGUUCUUCAAUGUCUUCCUGAACAAUUUCUAACAGAGAAUUUCCAUAAAAAGAGCUAUACCCUGAUGAGAUCAGAAUCUAGCGAUCGUCUGUGUGUCCGUUCUCACGCAAAAAGCAUUGAGAAGACAGAUGACAGUGAAGAAUCGUUUCCAAGUGCGUACGAAGAGGAUGUGUUUGUUGAAUCAUCUUUAAGUAAUGAAAUGUUGGAAGACUUGAUGUGGUUGCAAAAGAAGAGGAUAAUUGUACUUCAUCAAAGACCUAGAGAUGCUCAGUAUUUAAAGGUUGGAAUAUAUCUUUUAGAAUGUGGCUUAAGCAAACCAGAAUUCCUUAAUGAUGGGUGUGGCAGGAUAAAGAAAGCCAAGCAACUAAUUCAGAAGCUGAUGGAAAAAUUCUACAACUUUGUAAUUCCAGAUGUACUGGAAGACGAAGAAGAAGAGUCAGACAAAGAUAUAGAACGGCAAAAUAUUGAAGAGCUUUACGACUAUGUGAGGCAUAUUCACCAGAAGGAAGUACAAUUUUUGAAGGAGAAUGUACAACAUUCUGCGUUGAUUCCUGUAUUAAGACAAUAUCAAAGUGAUGCUGUAAACUGGAUGCUGCAACGGGAGAAUUUCAGAAACAUACCUACUAAUGAAAAUGCCCUUCACUGCUUAUGGAGAGAGUUUAUUACCUUAGAUGGACUAAAACUCUACUAUAAUCCUUUUACUGGCUGCAUUAUCCGUGAAUGCCCGGUUGUGGGGCCUCAGUGGCCUGGAGGAAUAUUGGCAGAUGAGAUGGGUCUUGGGAAAACAGUGGAAGUAUUGGCUCUCAUCCUAACACACUCUCGAAAAGAUGUUAAACAGGAUGCUUUGAAGUUACCUGAGGGUUUCUUGGUAAAUUUCUUCAUUCCACCACAACCCACUGAGGGAGCUGAAAAGAAAUCCAUACAGAAAAUGGAACUUAAAUUGAAGGAGAAAGUACAGUAUCCUAGUUUGCGAAUAAUGCUGCUAACAGCAAUAAAGGAAAUGAAUAUAAAAAAGGGAGCAUCCAUUUUUGCUAUUUUUAAGUAUGUCCAUGCUGUAUACAAAUAUGACAUCCAACGAAACCGUCGAAUUCUUAAAAGAACUUUGGAAAAACUAAUUGCAGAGAAGGUAGUAGAGCAGGUCAAAGGCCAUGGUCUAGCAGGCUCUUUUAAGUUGGGCAGAAAUUACAAAGAACAGAAGUUUUACAGUAGACCCAAAAAACAGAAAAUAAGUUCAAAUCAGAUCCAGAAAAAAUCCUUGCAGGAACAGAAAAGUAAAACCAAAGAACUGGAAGAUCAGGACACAUCCUCUGCAGGCGUUCUUAAAUCACCUCUGCCGGCAGAAGAGCAUGAUUACUGUACAACCAGCAAAUAUAACAGAAGUGCAAAACUGGACCCAAGGAACUGGAAAGCUGAAGAUACUGAGGAUAGACUUGUGGACCCAGAGUCUACUGAUUUGCAGUGCCACUUGCUAAUUUCCGAAGACAAAGCAUGCGGUGUUACUGACAUUUCUCAAAACUCUGAGGAAGCUGGUGAGCAGAAAGAAGAACAGUCUCCUGUCUCCCAAGGUCACACUAGCACUUUUGUACAACAUCCUGGUUCCAUUUUUCCAUUCAACACGUCUGACUACCGCUUUGAAUGCAUCUGUGGUGAGCUUGGCUUAGUUGACUAUAAGGCGCGUGUCCAGUGCCUAAAUUGUCAUCUGUGGCAGCAUGCUGAAUGUGUGAACUAUAAAGAAGAAAAUCUGAAGAUCAAGCCCUUUUACUGUCCACAUUGCCUUGUGGCCAUGAAACCAGUUCCCACAGGAGCAACUCUGAUAAUCUCUCCUAGUUCUAUAUGUCACCAGUGGGUAGAUGAGAUCAACAGGCAUGUGAGAUCAUCCUCCCUUCGAGCGCUGGUUUAUCAAGGAGUAAAGAAACAUGGUUUCCUGCAACCUCACAUCCUGGCAGAGCAGGAAGUAGUGAUUACCACCUAUGAUGUCCUUCGUAGUGAGCUGAACUAUGUGGACAUUCCUCACAGCAAUAGUGAAGAUGGCCGCCGGUUCAGAAACCAGAAACGGUAUAUGGCCAUUCCCAGCCCCUUGGUAGCAGUGGAGUGGUGGCGAAUUUGUCUGGAUGAAGCACAGAUGGUAGAAUGCACCACAGCAAAGGCUGCAGAAAUGGCUCUCCGUUUGAGUGGAAUCAAUCGUUGGUGUGUCACUGGCACACCUGUGCAGCGAGGAUUGGAAGAUCUAUACGGAUUAGUGCUUUUUCUUGGAGCUGAUCCUUACUGGGUAAAAUAUUGGUGGGAUCAACUUCUGUAUCGACCUUACUGCAGGAAAAACCCCCAGCCUCUCUACAACUUCGUAGCCAAGAUAAUGUGGAGGUCAGCAAAGAAGGACGUGAUUGACCAAAUUCAGAUUCCUGCUCAAACAGAAGAUACACACUGGCUUCACUUUUCUCCUGUGGAGAGACACUUUUAUCACCGUCAGCAUGAAGUGUGCUGCCAGGAUGCUUUGGCAAAAUUAAGGAAGAUUUCUGAUUGGUCCCUCAAGCUUAGCAGCCUGGAUAGGAGAACAGUUUCUUCUAUUCUGUACCCUUUGUUACGCCUGAGACAAGCCUGCUGUCAUCCACAAGCUGUUCGUGGAGAAUUCUUGCCUCUGCAGAAAAGCACAAUGACUAUGGAGGAGCUUCUAACGUCGUUGCAGAAGAAAUGUCGGACAGAAUGUGAGGAAGUUCACAGGCAACUUGUCUGUGCUCUGAAUGGCUUAGCUGGUAUUCACAUAAUUAAAGGUGAAUAUGCAUUGGCAGCAGAAUUGUAUAGAGAAGUGCUGCGUUCCUCAGAAGAGCACAAAGAAAAGCUCAAAACUGAUUCAUUGCAAAGGCUUCAUUCAACACACAAUCUGAUGGAACUCUUGGCAGCAAAGCAUCCUGGGAUACCCCCCACCUUACGAGAUGGCAGACUUCAGGAAGAGUGUGAACAACUUCGACAGCAUUAUAUGAGUAAAUCAAAUGCAGAAGUAGCUGAAGCCCAUCAGGCUUUGCAACCAGUGGCACAGACAAUCUAUGAACUUCAGAGGAAAAUACGUUCCAAUUCACCUUGGUGGCUUGAUGUGAUCCAGUCAGCAAUACAAUAUGCCAUUGAUGAGGAGCUUAUUCAGCGGGUGCAAAACGAUCUAACUAGCAACUAUAAACAGCAAACUAAUAAACUCUCUAUGGCAGACAAAUUCCGUGACUGCAGAGGCCUUCAGUACCUGGUCACAACUCAAAUAGAAGAAGUGAAGAAAUUUCAGAAACUUGUAAGGGAGGCAGUGAAAAAUCUGGAAGGUCCUCCUUCCAAACACGUUAUUGAAGCUGCUACCAUCUGCCACCUGCGGCCCGUAAGGCUGCCACUAAACAAUUGUGUCUUUUGUAAAGCAGAUGAAUUGUUUACAGAAUAUGAGUCAAAGCUGUUCUCUCACACUGUGAAAGGACAGAUGGCAAUUUUUGAGGAAAUGAUAGAAGAUGAAGACGGACUAGUUGAUGACCGCUUACCUACCACAAGCAGAGGUCUCUGGGCAGCAAGUGAAACGGAGCGUUCCUUGAAAUCCAUACUAUCUUUUGCCAAAGCUCAUCGAAUGGAUGUCAAGAUAAUUGAAGAAGGCAGCAUCUUUUUGGACCUUUUUGAAGCAUGGAAAAAGGAAUAUAAGCUGCUUCAUGAAUAUUGGAUGGUCUUGAGGGAUCAUGUGUCUGCCAUUGAUGAACUCGCCAUGGCCACAGAACGCCUUAGAGUGCGUCAUUCAGAAGAGCCAAAACCAAACCAUCCUGUUCUUCACAUAAUUGAGCCACAUGAGGUAGAACAGAAUAGAGUGAAACUUCUGAAUGAUAAAGCAGUAGCCAAGUCACAGCUUCAGAAGAAACUGGGCCAGCUGCUGUAUCUCACUAAUCUUGAAAAGUCUCAGGAUAAAACAACUGGAGGAGUUAAUCCAGAGCCCUGUCCAAUUUGUGCACGGCAACUAGGACAACAGUGGGCAGUACUGACAUGUGGACACUGCUUCUGUAAUGAUUGCAUAGCUAUUAUUAUAGAACAGUACAGUGUUGGCACCCGCAGAAGUUCAAUAAAGUGUGCCAUUUGUAGGCAGACAACAUCACAUAAAGAAAUCUCAUAUGUCUUCACUGCAGAGUCUGCAAACCAAGAGGACGAUAUGCCUGUGAAGGGUAGCCAUUCCACCAAAGUUGAAGCUGUGGUUAGGACUCUGAAGAAAAUCCAGUUCAAAGAUCCUGGAGCCAAGUCCCUUGUUUUCUCAACGUGGCAAGAUGUGCUGGAUAUUAUUGCAAAAGCACUAUAUGAUAACAACAUGGUAUUUGCUCAGAUCAAUGGAAUCAACAAGUUCCAGGAAAAUCUUUCGGCAUUUAAAUAUGAUCCCAAAAUCAACAUUUUGUUGUUGCCCCUUCAUACUGGUUCCAAUGGGUUAAACAUCAUCGAAGCAACUCAUGUCCUUUUAGUGGAACCUAUACUUAAUCCAGCACAUGAGCUGCAGGCUAUCGGCAGAGUGCAUCGUAUUGGACAAACAAAACCCACCAUUGUUCACAGAUUCUUAAUAAAAGCGACAAUAGAAGAGAGAAUGCAGACAAUGCUGAAAACUGUAGAGAGAAGCCAUUCCAGUUCUUCCAUGAAGCAGUCCGAGGCCUCCGUGUUAACAGUAGCUGAUUUGGCAGACCUUUUUUCAGAAGAAACUGAAGAGCUCGAAUGAAGUGAUGCUUUUUAGAUUACCUUAAAUCAGAAGAAUGGACUAUGCCAUGCUUGCUUCUGAGCAACCCACCUAAAUUAACUAACUCUUCUGAAGUCCCUGUAGAUGUCACCCAACCCCCAAAUAAUAGAACUAUAUGAUUGGAAAGUAUUUUUAUCAGCUUCCACUAGGUUCUACGGCUAUGGAUCUCUUCAGUACAUUGACAAGAGAAACAAAAACAAAUGCACUUUACACAAAUAUUGUAUAAAUCAUGGCUUUGUACUUCCAAAGAAUCUGAAUGCUCCCAAUUGAGCUGUAGUUGUGCAUAAAAGGGUAUAUGUCCACAACAAGUUGCAGCAAUAUGUGCACAAGAAUGUGCAUUUCAUUAAAAUGCUGUCCACCCUUGUUCAGUGGCUUAUGCCUGUAGUUCCUAACCCAACAAGUGUUGUAUGUAUAGGUCUCCUUUAGAUUAAGAAGUUCAACUAUACUUUCACACUUUGCAUGGAUGAGAAAACAGGUUGCACUUACCUGUAACUGCUGUUCAUUGAGUGGUCUUCUGUUCCAUCCCUCACAUUGGAACGGCACGAACACAGAGCCAGCGAUGGAAAAAUCUUGAGCUUUGUUCUUGAGGGUGUUCUUGCCAUUAGCUGUCUCAUGCACUCCCCUUGCCUAAUGACGGAGGGCUCCCCCCCUUCAGUUCCACCUGAGCCGCCACCAACUGUACAGUGAGAACUCAAGCAGGGUAGGAAGGAGAGAAGGAGUGUGCCUGCACGGAAGACCACUUGAUAAACAGCAGUUACAGGUAAGUACAACCUUGUUUUCAUUAUUGUGGCUUCUGUGCAGACCCACUUUGGGAUUUUCCCAUCAGAAUCCAUCCCCUGGUCAGAGCAGUUACCAUAGCCUGGACCUGCAAACUCACCCAGAACUGCCCUUGGUUCCGGGGCCAGAAACGAAAAGAUACAUUCCAAACCUUGGCAAAACAUUGGAGACAUCAACAGUUGCAGCAAACUCCAUGCCAAAUCCAGUGUCAAGGGAACAGGGGGACACACUUCCAUGGGCACCGGCAUUGGCACUGACUGCUCUUGUGCCCAUGCAAGAGCCAUAGGCAACAACGAUCGCAGUGAUGUUGUUCUCAGCAGCGAUGCCCCUAUCUUCUACUCGGGAAGACUUCUUGCAGGGCUUUGCUGUAAGUCAAGGUGUUUGGUUUUUUCUUUGCCUUCUUAAUGAGUGGUUCCUCAGAAUUCCAGAACCGAUGGGGAAGAAGACUGGCUCCAAUUCCAUUCUGACAGUGUGCCCAGAACUGACCGCACUCUCUUCUCCACUGAAGGAGCUGAAGGAACACGCACAGGAACAUCAACUGCCUACAGAACCUUUUUAUGAACAGCUGCCUUCAACUUUGCAGCCAUAUCAUGCCUUGCCUGGGGAGUAAAUUCCUGACACAUCUUACACCAGCCACAUGUCCCUCUCCAAGGCAUACAUUGCAAUGGGUGUGAUAAUGAGUUUUUACCACACCCUUCACACUUUUUAAAUAAUGCCAUCUUAAGCCCACACUACUCCACGCCCAAGUGCAGCAGUGGGACCCAGCAACACUAAAAAAGCCAACUCACGCAGUUCACAAAACUCCAACCUCUCACAUCAUGGCAAAAAAGGCAGGGACCUCUGCCAUUAGGCAUGUGGGUGUUGUGAAGGAAGUGCACGAGGAUACCUAACAGCAAGAGUGUCCUCAAGAAGAAAGCUCAAGAUCGAUCCGUCACUGGCUCUGCACAUCUGCAGUCCCAAUGUGGGUCUGCAUGGAAGCCAUGAUGAUGAUGAAGGGUAUGAAAACCAUAAAAGAAUUAUUUUGCCUCAAUUUUAUCAGUAGAAUUAAUCAUGAAAAAGUUCCUGAGCAAGCAUCUUUUCAGAAAGGGCUCCUAGUGGUGCUGCCAUUUUACCAUUUAAAUAAUUAAUGUUUUAUCACAGUGGUAGCGAACCUGUGGCACGUGUGCCAGAGGUGGCACUCAGAGCCCUCUUUGUGGGCACACGUGCCAUCGUCCCAGUUUGGACACUCGGCAGUGCCAUCGUCCCAGUUUGGACACUCACCCCUGCCAAGGGGGUGAGGGGUGUGCAAUCCACUAGGUGCGCACCCCUGCGGGGGCAUGGCAAGGACGUUCCGGGGCAUGGUAGCAAUGUUUCAGGGCGUUCUGGGGACAUUCCAGGGCAGGGUGGGGCUGACGGGCAUGGCAGGGGCUCAGGUCGCAUGCGUGCCCCGGGUGCAGUUUCCCCUUGCUCCGCCCCUGGCACUUGGUCUCUAGAAGGUUCGCCAUCACUGUUUUAUCAGUUAACACUUAACUACCACUUUUUAGAAACUACUUUGAUAACUGUAGUAUUUUUAGAUGCUGUUACUAGUACUUUAUGUUUUAGAAACUUGAUUUUUGCUUGUUCAUGCUUAGUUAUGCUUUUUAUUGUCUGUUGUUCCCUUGAUGAUAAAUUAUGCCUUUUGUAUGAUUUUCUUGAAAGUUUCUUGAAAUUGUAUUUCUUAAUUUAGAUUCUUACCUCCUAUUAAAAUCUGGAAAGUUU